AUGCUUUUCGCGGAUGACAUAGUCCUGAUCGAUGAGACUCGUAGUGGAUUUAAUGCUAAGCUGGAGGAUUGGAGACAAACUAUGGAGUCUAAAGGGUUUAAGCUGAGUAGGACCAAGACAGAGUACUUAGAGUGUAAGUUUAGUGAAGCACCUCAGGAGGCUGGCUUGGAAGUGAGGCUUGGUACCCAAGUCAUCCAGAAGAAAAGUAGUUUCAAGUAUCUUGGGUCUAUUAUGCAAGGCAGCGGGGAGAUUGACGAUGAUGUCACACAUUGUAUUGUGGCAGGGUGGAUGAAAUGGAGGCUUGCUUCCGGAGUGCUAUGUGACAAGAAGGUGCCACCACAACUUAAGGGAAAGUUCUACAAAGUGGUGGUUAGACCGACUAUGUUGUAUGGGGCGGAGUGUUGGCCAGUUAAGAUUUCUCACGUUCAAAAGAUGAAAGUUGCUGAGAUGAGAAUGUUGAGAUGGAUGUGUGGCCACACCAGGAGUGAAAGGAUUAAGAAUGAGGAUAUUCGGGACAAGGUGGGAGUGGCCUCGGUGGAAGACAAGAUGCGAGAAGCGAGAUUGAGAUGGUUUGGGCAUGUGAAGAGGAGAGACACGGAUGCCCCAGUGCGGAGGUGUGAGAGGUUGGCCAUGGAUGGUUUCAGACGAGGUAGGGGUAGGCCAAAGAAGUAUUGGGGAGAGGUAAUUAGACACGACAUGGCGCAGUUACAGCUUACCGAGGACAUGACCUUAGAUAGGAGGGUUUGGAGGACCCACAUUAGGGUAGAAGGCUAG